GAAGCCCUGCUUGAACAUUUUUCAUGUACAUUGACUGCUUUCUGGAGAUGGCCGCUGCAAUCUUCUUCACAAACCUUAAAAAAUCUUUGAACUUGACUAAAAAAUUUAUACUUUCAAGACCGUUCUCCUCUGCAAAUGUGCAGCCUGCUACUAACAGAAGAAACCUCCCCUCUAGAAUCAUUCCUCUGGGAAACCCUUCCAUCAGCUUAGUCCCCGUUCUUGAUCAGUGGGUCGAAGAAGGCAACCCCGUCCAUGAUGGCGAGCUCCGGAGCAUCGUCAAAACUCUUCGUGGCCGCCUCCGCUUCAAGCAAGCACUCGAAGUUUCUGAGUGGAUGAGAAGUAAAGGGCUUUGCCAAUUCUCACCUGGUGACCAAGCUAUGGAACUGGAUCUUAUUGGUAAAGUACGAGGCCUGGAGUUUGCUGAGAAUUAUUUUCAAAACCUGAGUGAUGCAGACAAAACUGAGAAGCAAUAUGGUGCUCUUUUAAAUUGUUAUGUCAGGGAACGCUUGGUUGAUAAGUCACUCUCCCUCAUGCAAAAGAUUAAAGACUUGCGUUGUGCUUCUGUUCUGGACUAUAACAACAUAAUGUGCCUCUAUAUGCACACAGGUCACCCUGAGAAAGUCCUUGAUGUUUUUGCACAAAUGAAAGAGGAUGGAGUGCUUCCAAACGAUUUUAGCUACAGGAUUUGCAUAACUUCUUAUGGUGCCAGGUCUGAUCUUGGGAAUAUGGAGAAAGUAUUGGAAGAAAUGGAAAGGCAAAGCUACAUUUUCAAAAGUUGGAAUGUAUAUUCAAUGGUGGCCAACUUCUUCAUAAAAGCGGGUCAGAAGGAGGGAGCUCUGAUUUACUUGAAGAAAUGCGAGGGUAAGGCAGGCAAUGAUGCGCUUGCUUACAACCAUCUGAUUACACACUAUGCAAGCCUUGGGAAUAAAAGAGCAGUGUUGAGAAUAUGGGAUCUGCUGAAAGCCAGAUGUAAGAAGCAAAUUAACAAGUAUUAUAUCAACAUGCUGGGUUCUCUGGUGAAGCUAGGAGAUCUUGAGGAAGCUGAAAAAGUGCUCCAGGAGUGGGAAUCGUCAGGUAACUAUUAUGAUUUCAGGGUGCCAAACGUCCUCUUGAAUGCUUAUUCUCAUAUGGGAAUGAUUGAAAAGGCUGAAACAUUGCUUCAAAGCAUGACCAGUAAAGGUAAGACUCCAAUCCCCAAUAGUUGGUCUAUCAUUGCUUCUGGAUAUGUGGCCAAGCAGCACAUGGAGAAGGCCUUUCAGUGCAUGAAGCUUGCUUUGGCUUUAAGGGCUGGGAAUGAAGGUUGGAGGCCAAAGCUUGACGUCAUUUCUGGCAUAUUGAGCUGGGGCUCUGAUCAUAAAAAUAUGGAUGAAGUAGAAGAAUUUGUAAAUUCUCUAAAAACUGUGAUUCCCAUGAAUAGGGACAUGUAUCUCUCUUUGCUGAAGGUAUAUGUAAGAAGUGGGGAGCAAGUAGAUGAGAUUUUAGAGAGAAUGAAAGCUGAUGGUGUGGUGUUGGAUGAAGAAUUGGAGAACAUUCUUAGCUCAAAAGCGAAAUAA